UCUCUUCCUCCUCUUCCCCUUCGCCUCCGCCUCCGCCACGCCACCUCCCCCUCCCUCCUUUCCCAUCUCCCUCGCCGCCUCCGCCGUGCGGCCGAUCCCUCGCCGCUUGCGCUCCCCGCGCCGUCAGACGCCGCGACUUCCUCUCCCCGUCUCCCGGUUCGCCGGCGGUAGGUUACUGUGGGUGCCCUACGCACACAUGCGGCCGUAGGUGAUGACGAGCUUGCCUGAGAGGGGAGAAGCACCGCCAUCCAAUUCUUUGUGCGAGGAAGACACUGCAGCUGCAGUUGCCUCUUCUUCUUCUAGCUCUGAGCACAAGGAAGAUAGCAGCUCCAAGCAGUCAAAGGCCUCCAUCCUAUCUGGCGUCUUCACUCCCCCAUUUACCAUCUUUGAGGGCCAGCAGGACUCAUUGCCGGCGUGCGAGAAGAAGUCACCAAAGCCCUCCUCAGGAUCCUAUGCUUGGUCGAGGAUUUUGAGGAGAUUCGUGGGCAGCGGCUCGAUGUGGCGUCUUCUGGGAUGCACCAAGGUUCUGACCUCCAGUGAUGUGUGGUUCCUUGGCAAAUGCUACAAGGUGUCACCUGAGGAGUCAUCCAGCAACUCGGAUUCCGAAAGUGGGCAUGCUGCAUUUUUAGAAGAUUUCUCUUCCAGGAUAUGGAUCACAUACCGAAAAGGCUUUGACGCAAUAUCUGAUUCCAAGCUAACUAGUGAUGUGAACUGGGGCUGCAUGGUUAGAAGCAGUCAGAUGCUGGUUGCUCAGGCGCUGAUUUUUCACCAUCUUGGAAGGUCUUGGAGAAAGCCCCCAGAGAAGCCAUACAACCCACAAUAUAUAGGGGUCUUACACCUAUUUGGCGAUUCUGAAGCUUGUGCUUUCUCUAUUCACAAUUUACUUCAAGCUGGAAAGAGUUAUGGUCUGGCUGCUGGAUCAUGGGUGGGGCCAUAUGCUAUGUGCCGGGCAUGGCAGACCCUUAUCCGCACAAAUAGAGAGCAGGCUGAUGCUGUUGGUGGGAAGGAAAAUUUCCCUAUGGCUCUUUAUGUGGUUUCGGGUGAUGAAGAUGGUGAAAGAGGUGGAGCUCCAGUUGUGUGCAUUGAUGUUGCUGCUCAGCUUUGCUCUGAUUUCAACAAAGGACAAUCAACAUGGUCACCUAUACUUUUGUUAGUUCCUCUGGUUCUUGGCCUUGACAAAAUUAAUCCAAGGUACAUCCCAUUACUAAAGGAGACAUUUACGUUUCCUCAAAGCUUGGGCAUUUUAGGUGGAAGACCAGGAACAUCAACUUACAUUGCUGGGGUACAGGAUGAGAGGGCGCUCUACCUAGAUCCCCAUGAAGUUCAGAUGGCAGUUAACAUUGCACCGGAUAAUUUGGAGGCAGACACUUCCUCGUACCACUGCAGUGUUGUCCGAGAUUUGGCUCUAGACCAAAUAGAUCCAUCCCUGGCUAUUGGUUUUUACUGCCGUGACAAAGAUGACUUUGAUGACUUCUGUUCUCGGGCCUCUGAGUUGGUAGAGAAGGCCAAUGGAGCGCCACUCUUUACUGUUGUGCAGUCAAUCGAGCCAUCGAAACAGAUGUAUAAACAGGAUGGUGGGCUGGGUUGUUCUGGCAGUAGCAUGGCCAAUGACGAUGACCUUGAUGACUCCGGCGAAGCAGGAGAAGAGGAGUGGCAGAUCCUCUAAAUGGGAGGAAAACCGAUGACAUGUUGAGUGAAAAACCUUACACCAAACACGUUGUCGGAAUAUCCUUGUUUGUGUGUGAAUACAGGAGAUUAUUUGUGAUCUCAGGGUGUCGUGGGACGCCAGUGUCCCAUAGGAAAUGUUCAAAACGUGGCGGAUGCAAAACCCCUUUGUACCGUACAUACACUGGGUUUAUCAUAACUAAAUGUGUUUACUCCAUAUUCUAGUACCA